AUGCGCCACGCAAAUGGUCCGGUGCCUCAAUGGCGGCAAGUUGCGGAUGAAGGAAAUGCUGGAAUGCGUGCACCCCCAAUCGUUCCACCAAUGAUGCCGCCAGUGCUGCCUCCACCACCAGAAGCGAUGGGAGAGAACCUACCCGGUGCGCCUGCUCAAGGACUAGUUGCAAACGUAGUACCCCAACAAGUGGCUGCUGGACCACCCAGACCAGCUUUAUCCGGACCAGCUCCUCCUGCUCAGGGUAACCAGCCUGUCCAAGGACUAGUUGCAAACGUAGUACCCCAACAAGUGGCUGCUGGACCACCCGGACCAGCUUUACCCGGACCAGCUCCUCCUGCUCAGGGGAACCAGCCUGUCCAAGGACUAGUUGCAAACGUAGUACCCCAACAAGUGGCUGCUGGACCACCCGGACCAGCUUUACCCGGACCAGCUCCUCCUGCUCAGGGGAACCAGCCUGUCCAAGGACUGGUUGCAAACGUAGUACCCCAACAAGUGGCUGCUGGACCACCUGGACCAGCUGCAAUUGCUCAACCUGGUCAAGCCGUGCCAAGGCGCGAGCCCCUUUGGCAGAUAGCGAGGCGAAACCAGGAACGGUUCGCCGACUCGUUGGACAGCCACGAGAGGAGAAUGGGUAGGGUUGAUAGGAUCCUCGAUGUAAUCGAAAUGCAGUACGGAAUUCAACAGCAGAUUUAA